AUGGACGAGGAUGCGGCCACGUCCUCGGACCGCAGCCACGCCGCCCCCCCAGAUGUGGAGUGCGCCGUGUGUGUGGGCGUGAAGCGCAGAGCGCAGCAGGCCUGUUUGGAGUGCGUGGCUUCGUACUGUGAGACCCACCUCGACCUGCACAACACCCUGCACGCGUGGAAGAGGCACAAGCUGGUGGAGCCGGGCUGCCUGCAAGAGAGGAUCUGCCCCGAACACGACAAACCGCUGCAGGUUUUCUGCCGCACGGACCAGCUGUGCGUCUGUCACUUGUGCCUCGCUAUUAAACAUAAGGGCCACGAGGUCGUCGCCAUCAAAAAAGAAGUGGCAGAGAAGAAUAUUAAACUGGUGAAAAUGUACCAGCAGGCAUCUGAGAGAAUUCAGAGACGGGAGAAGGAGGAGGAAGAUUUGAACGAAGCCGUUGUGGUUUUCAAGGCCUCGGCAGAGGAGGCGAUGGAGAGGAGUGAGGGGGCGUUUGCGGAGCUGAUGCUCUCCAUGGAGGGGAGGCGGCGCGCCGUGACGGAGCUGAUCCGUGCUAAGGAGGAGGCCGUGGUGAAGGAGGCCAGGGAGCUCGUAGAGAGAGCGCGGCAGGAGAUUGACGAUCUGAAGAGGAGAGCCGCCGAUCUAGAGCGCCUCCAGACGCUGUCGCACACGAACGACGACAUCUGUUUUCUAACAAAAGCUCAUGCUGUCUCCCAGCCUGCCAAAGGUCUCCAGAUUCCAGCACUCCUGACGCAGCCGAACUCUUCGUUUCGGCUCGUCACCGCGGCCGUGUCAGGCCUCGCUCAGAAGGUGGACUUCAUCUGCCAGCAGCGUUUCAUCAAAAUCUCCAAAACAGUGAAAGACGCCGGCAUCGUCUCCUCACCGUUGCCGACAACGUGGGAGGAGUUCUUAAGACACGCGUCCAAGCUGACCAUCGAUCCAAACACGGUGCAUGACAAACUGCACCUGAGCAAGGCGAUGGAGCUGACGGCCGUCCAUGAGCAGGAGCCCUAUCCCAGCCACACCGCCCGGUUCGUGAGGAGACAGCAGGCCUUGUGCAGAGAGGUCCUGUGUGGGGCCCCGUGCUACUGGGAGGUGGAGUGUGGGGCAGGAGGCUCCUGGCUGUGCGUCGCCGUCUCUUACAAAGGGAUCCCUCGCAACGGAAGAAUGGCUCCCCUAUUUGGGAGGUGCCCCAGGUCGUGGGCCUUGCGCAAACGUGGGACCGUGUACGAGUUCUGGCAUGACAAUAAGAGCACGGUCAUCACCAGUUCCUUUCGGUGCUCCAGGGUAGGAGUGUACCUGGACCACAGGGCCGGAGUUCUGGCCUUCUACAAUGUCACAGCCAACAUGAGUCUCAUCCACAAGGUCCGGACGAGGUUUACGGAGCCGGUCUAUGCCGGGUUCGGACUGGCGGGGAUAGGGGCUAAAAUCAAACUUUGUUUGUGA